UUGGGUUAUGUAUCCUUGAUGCUCAACCUGUGUGUGAAGCUCAAGGAGCUGAAGUCUGUCUCUCGUCUCCUAUUUGGGUUGCAGAGCUCGUCCAUCACAAAAUGUCUGACACAGAGGAAGUCAUGGAGGAGGGAGUUCAGGAGGGAGAAGAUGAAUCAAAACCCAAACCUAAGUUUAUGACAAACAUUGCAGCCCCAAAGAUUCCUGAUGGUGAAAAAGUGGACUUUGAUGACAUCCACAGGAAGCGUCAGGAGAAGGAUCUGGCUGAGCUGCAGUCUCUAAUUGAGGCUCACUUUAUCCAGAGAAAGAAGGAAGAAGAGGAGCUCAUUGCCCUUGUUAACAGAAUUGAGAAGCGUCGUGCUGAGAGAGCUGAGCAGCAGAGAAUCAGGACAGAGAGAGAGAAAGAGAGGCAGGCCAGGCUUGCGGAGGAGAAAGAACGCAAGGAGCAGGAGGAGCAUCGCAAGAAGCAAGAUGAGGAUGCCAAGAAGAAGAAGGCCCUCACAAACAUGACACAGCAGUACACGGUUGGACAGAAGAGUGAAAGCAGGAAAGGAGCCAAAAAACAGACUGAGAGGGAGAAGAAGAAGAAGAUCCUGGCUGAACGCAAGAAGCCGCUCACCAUUGAUCAUCUGAGUGAAGACAAACUGAAGGAGAAGGCCAGUGAGCUGUGGCAGUGGCUGAUGGGGCUGGAAGCCGAGAAGUUUGAUCUCGGCGAGAAACUCAAAAGACAGAAAUAUGAUAUUAACCAGCUUCUUGCUCGAGUUCAAGACCACCAAAAUGCCAAAGGUCGCGGUAAGGGCAAGAUGAGCGGCCGGCUGAGGUAAAGCUGCUGCGAGACCGAGUCGAAGCAGACGGUCACACCUGUGACGUACCCGUGUGUCUACAGUUAAUGUGAUCAUUGUUCUGUUGUGUUGGGCUACAUGUCAAUUAUCAGGAGAUCAAAACAAUAAAUAAGUCAGUGCACCCACUCUGAUACAUUUCUGCAAACCA